AUGUGUGAUUCUCGAACUUAUUCGCAUGAACUGCUAACCGAAUUUAUAGAAGCUUUCCGAAAUAACCCUUGUCUUUGUAAAAUUAGAAGCAACGACUACAAAGACAAAAAUUUGAAGCUUCAAGCAUACAAUAAUUUAUUAGAAAUUAUACGGAAGGUAGAAAGAGAUGCUACGAUUGAGAACGUCAAGAAAAAAAUUAAUUCAUUAAGGGCUGGGUUCCGAAAAGAACAUAAAAAAGUGCAAGAUAGCAAGAAGACAGGUUCAGGAACUGACCAGGUAUACGUGCCAAAAUUAUGGUAUUACAAUCAGCUUGAAUUUCUCAAAGAUCAAGGCCAAGGUAAGUUUAAUUAUUUAUUAAAGAAUUUCUCUAUACACUAUUAUAUUAUACGUGCGUAUUCUUUGUUAUGCCUGUGCCUAAAUUAG